AUGGGCAAGCAUUACCGCGAGAAUCGGGACACCCCGCUGAUGAAAGCUCUAUCUUGCAACGUUAGGGAUUGCCAGUUUGUCGAGGAGAGUGGGGGAGUGGAGGGGCGUGGGGUUUUCCUUUUCCAAACCUACACGGACGUGGUGUCAAGCCUAGGGAUCCCUCACCAAGCGCUACGCCUGCCGCCAACUCUAGAAACCCGCAUAUUCUACCCGCGCUCCUACAACCCCGCCCAGCGCCAACUGCUGCCACUUUAUCUGAACAUCCACGGCGGCGGCUUUGUGUUAUGCGAUGCCACUAUCGACGACUCAUUCUGCAGCGCCUGGGCUAACCGUACGGCAAUGCUAGUUGUCAGCCUCAACUACCGCAAGGCGCCGCUCCACCCCUUCCCAACAGCCACUUUUGACGUUGCUGAGGUAGCCAAAUGCGUGCUAGCAGAUGGCUCACUCCCAAUUGAUCACUCGCGCAUCGCUAUUGGCGGUUUUAGUGCAGGUGGCAACCUCGCGCUUUCUGCCUCGCAAUUCCCCGGUCUGAGAGGCCUGAUUAAAGCAGCUGUAAUAUACUACCCAAUCGUGGAUUUUGGCCAUCCACCAAAUGAGAAGCUGGAUUCUAGACCGUACAAAGAUGGUCCGAAGGAUACACUAGAAAAGACCUCCUGGUGGCUGGACGGGGGGUAUGUGAGUGUAGGGCAGAAUCGGAGGGAUCCGCUACUCAGUCCAGUUUAUGCAGCCAAGGAGGAGCUGCCGCCAUUGAUUUAUAUGAUUGGGGCGCAGUGGGAUAUGCUCCGGUUGGAGACACAGCAGAUGAUUCAUGGCUUGGCUGGGUUAGGGGAUAAAGUCGGAGUUGAGCAGGAGGAGGACUUUGAGGUGGGCAGGUAUAAGUGGACAUUAGCGAGAGGGUGUCCGCAUGGAUUUACCCAUGCUUCGCCGGGACGGAAGAAGGGGGGUAAUAGCAGGAGGAAGAAGAAGGAAGUUGCGCAGGGGAUUAAUGAGGAGUGGUUAAAAAAGUCCGAGGUUCUUUCUUAG